UCACUUUUGUCUGGAAAUGUUUUUCGUGGAUUAGUGAGCGCUUCGUCGAAUGAAUCUACUGAAAAGCCAAAAAAAACAACGUUUGGCCCAUUGAAAGAUGAAGAUCGCAUCUUCACAAAUUUAUAUGGUCGCCAUGAUUUUCGGUUGAAAGCGGCAAUGCAACGAGGUGAUUGGUAUAAAACAAAAGAAAUUCUGUUAAAAGGUAAAGACUGGAUAAUGAAAGAAAUGGCUGCAUCUGGAAUGCGUGGUCGAGGUGGAGCUGGUUUUCCAACAGGCAUGAAGUGGAGUUUCAUGAAACGUCCUUUCGAUGGCAGGCCAAAAUACCUUGUUGUGAAUGCUGAUGAGGGUGAACCUGGAACAUGUAAAGAUCGUGAAAUAAUGCGACAUGAUCCCCAUAAGCUAAUUGAAGGUUGUUUAAUUGCUGGUGUCGCGAUGGAUGCUCGAGCUGCUUAUAUUUAUGUUCGUGGUGAAUUUUAUAAUGAAGCUGCAAUUUUGCAAGAGGCAAUUGCUGAAGCUUAUAAGGAAGGUUUUAUCGGAGAAGAUUGUUUCGGAACGGGAUAUAACUUCGAUAUAUUUGUCCAUCGAGGUGCGGGUGCAUAUAUUUGUGGCGAAGAAACGGCAUUAAUUGAAUCCAUCGAAGGAAAACAAGGUAAACCUCGUCUUAAACCACCAUUCCCCGCUGACGUUGGUCUUUUUGGAUGUCCAACUACUGUUAACAAUGUCGAGACGAUAGCGUCAGCACCCACGAUUUGCCGUAGAGGUGGAGCUUGGUUUUCAUCUUUUGGGCGCGAACGAAAUCAUGGAACUAAAUUAUUUUGUAUUUCGGGACAUGUGGUGAAUCCAUGUACAGUUGAAGAAGAAAUGUCGAUUUCAUUAAAGGAGCUUAUUGAAAGACAUUGUGGAGGUGUAAUAGGCGGCUGGGACAAUCUUCUGGCCAUUAUACCCGGAGGUUCGUCAGUUCCACUUAUACCUAAAGACAUCUGUGAGACAGUACUAAUGGAUUUCGAUGCACUUAUUCAGGCAGGAACGGGUCUUGGAACUGCAGCAGUGAUAGUGAUGAAUAAACAAACAGAUAUCGUGAAAGCUAUUGCUAGACUUUCACUUUUUUAUAAACAUGAAAGCUGUGGCCAGUGCACGCCAUGUCGUGAAGGUACAUCUUGGCUGAAUAAAAUGAUGUGGCGUUUUGUUUGUGGCAAUGCGAAAACACCAGAAAUCGACAUGAUGUGGGAAUUGAGCAAGCAAAUCGAAGGACAUACAAUUUGUGCAUUGGGUGAUGCAGCCGCUUGGCCAGUUCAGGGCUUAAUUCGUCAUUUUCGACCUGAACUUGAGCGGCGUAUGAAUGAAUUUCAAGCCUCCAACGAGAUCUCUCAAAAAAGUAGAGUCGCUGUUCAUUAA